GGAAAACAUGGAGCAUGAAAAUCCUUAUGAAAAUGUCAAAGAGCGUGUUGAAAUCCAAACUAGAAGAGCUGGAGAAUCUUUGAAGCCAGAGUGCGUUGUCUGGCGAAUGGAGCCUGCCCGAAGAAAUUUCUCUGUCAGAGUGAUCUAUACACUCCUGGGUUUCUGCAUCUUGCUCUCCAUUGUGUCUAUCGUCACCACAGUUGUGCUGAACACUCAGACGAUGGCUAAUAUGGCUUCAGCAGCUGCUGGAAUCCAGGUAGAACUUUCUCAGUGGAAGAGUAAUGCUACACUAGAUUCAGAAAGGACCCACAGCUUAAUUGACACACUUCAGACUGAGUUCUCAUGGCUGAAAAGGAAUUUCAGUUCUUGUCCUAAACAAUGGACUCGCUUCAAACAAAGCUGUUAUCAAAUUUCCUCAGGCACAGCAAGGUGGGCAGAUGCCCAGAGAUCGUGUGGAUCAAUGAAUGCCCAUCUUUUUGUUACUAACAAUGUGGCGGAGCAGGAGUAUGUAAAGACAAAACUUCAAAAGACAUCUUGGAUUGGCCUCAAUGAUUUGGUCCAGGAAGGCGACUGGCGCUGGGUGGAUGGAACGGAUUUUUCUUCAUCUGAAAAAUUUUGGAAUGCAGGGGAGCCCAAUAAUGCAGCUGAGGAAGACUGCGUGGAGAUGCUUCCUGAUGGAAGGUGGAAUGACUUUAAGUGUGAUGCUCUUAAGAACUGGAUCUGUGAGAAACCAGUAUGGUUCUGACCCCUUUAAUGAUACUGCUGGAGAAAAGAGAAAUAUGAAUUAUUUAAUCAAUGCAGCGCAUAUUACAGUAAUGCCAUAGCACAGAAGGUGGCUAUUUUGCCUAUAUAAUGUAUGUUAAUGCUUAGAAGAGUAAAUAUUUCAUUUAUUUUCACUUCGCCCUCUGUGCAGUUGCACAGUACUUUCAUCGUUCCUUUAUUGAUGUUUUUUUCACGAUUGUGUUUCUGCCACUUCUGCAGCAGUGAAAUUUCGAUCAUAAACAGAAGGAGCAUCAUGAAAUGUUUUCUCAAAACUUUACUAUCCCAGCCCAAAAGUAGAUUUGUUCCAAUAUUUCAAAUCUUUCUCCUGAACAAUUAACCAGCCACCUUAAGGAUGUAGUGCAGAUAUGUUAAACUACAUUGUUCAGCCUUUUGUUUGAACACUAGUAAGGCUGUGAGCAGAUGAAAUUGAGGUGUUUUUUGUUUGGAAAAAUUUCGAUUCCGUAAUUGGAAACGCCUUAUGAUUACUUACAAUUGAUGAAAAGCUAGACCUGGUAGAUUUAAUGCAGAAGAGAAGGAAAGAGCAUUUUUUUUCUUCUUCCAAAUGGCGUCUGAGAGAUGGAAGUUGCUGAAACCCAUAGAGAUUUCGAACAGCAUCACAUGUGUGCUCAAGGUGCUGUGAUCUUCCGGAGUAGGAAAUCAGUGUCACAAUGGUUGAUAGGCUUAGCUGCAUUCAAUUUCAACAAAUUCCAGUGAUUUAGGCUGAGCAGCCUCCAUUCGUGAGAAUUUUUGUCAUGUUUCAAUUCCAAUAAUGUGUGUGAUCACCAUCUCUUCCUGCUCUUUCUCAUCUCUCCUACUCUGGGAUUUGAAUCCAUACUGCCUGGAGUCUCAAAGGCCCUAAGCUGUUUAUAAUUCCCCAUUUGUGGUGAACCCCUUCAUGAAAUCAGAUAGUUUCUGUAUAGUUUUUGCUCCUAUCUGAUACCGAAUGCAGAAUAACCUCAAGGAGGUGAGCUGUCUAUUUCCCGUCCUACCUAUAUCAUGCUUCUUUAACCCUAACAAUAAUGGCACAGCUCAGGCUAUGUGAAUCUCAAGUAAAAUCUUUUUUUCUACAGACCCAAAGAAUAAACCUUGCAUCUGUGUGGAAAACUGUUAUAUUUUUUGCUUUCAAGGCUGGAGGAAGUUCAUAACAAUGCAGUUACAUCUUCCCUAAAAGAAUCAUACAUCUCAAAUGAUCAACAUAUUUCAAAAUAUCUCCACAAUAUACGCCUUAACAAUUGCCUUCCCAUUCCCAGGCCUGCAGGUUUCCGGAAACGACUUGGAACUAAAGUUAUUUCAUGUUUGUCACUGUGAUGGAAGGAAUUUUUCCAGGAACUCGCAAUUUAUCUUCUACUGAAACUUCUUGUUUAAUUACUGUAUGAACUUGAUGCUUAAUAAAGGAGCUUCCUGAA